CUUGAAAUGCCAUCCCCACAUCGUUCAGUCGAUGAUCAAAGCAACAUCUUUCAACAAAUGUCGUUGAGACGCAUGAGCAGCCCUUGAGUCUCUCAUUGAACCCUGCUGCUUCCAUCCUCACGACCUCUUGCUGCUUCCACCAUCCGCAGCCGCGACAAACCCAGCCAUGAGAUCACAGUCAUAUCCCAUCACAUGAUUGAGCAUGCUGGGCCAGACUCUCCGUCGCCUGCACGCUUCCACCAGUGUCACAUUUCAUCUAUGGAGGAUAUCCUCUCUCUUGGUCCUCCUCUGGGCUAUUGUACUCAUUUGGGGAGAAAGAGUGGUUUUCGAUCGUAGCGUCACCGCUUGUCAGUGGCAGCGCUGGGAGAAAUGGCCUUCAUACGCCCAGCCUCAUCACGUCCUGCUUGUGGCCGACCCUCAGCUUGUUGAUCCUCAUACCUACCCUGAUCGCCCUUGGCCCUUGUCCACCCUCACAAUCUUCUACACGGACAAAUACCUCGACCGCUCCUACCGGCGCCUACAACAGAAACUGUUGCCUGACAGCACUCUCUUCCUCGGUGACUUGUUUGAUGGUGGCAGAGAAUGGGGAGAUGCCAAAUACUCCUCUCCUGAGGAACGCUAUAGACAAUAUGGAAAACAAUUCUGGCUCAGAGAGUAUAUGCGCUUCUCCAAUAUCUUUCUGCGCCCCUGGCCAUAUGGGCAAGCCACCAGUCAGAGUGAGCCUGCUGGACGAAGGCUGAUAGCCUCCAUCCCAGGCAAUCAUGAUCUAGGCUUUGCCCAGGGAAUUUCUCUUGCAGUCAAGAAGCGAUUCGAUGCAUACUUUGGUCCUCUCAACCGUCUCGACAUAAUUGGAAAUCACUCUUUUAUUUCCAUUGAUUCCGUUUCCCUGAGCGCUAUGGAUCAGGUAGAAUACACUACAGGGAGUUCUGGACUAGGUGAUGGCACCUCCCCGGAUACAAAGGCCCAGAAGAUCUGGAAACCUGUCGAAGAUUUCCUUACCACGGCCGGCGAUGUCAAAGCGAGAGCCAUUCGCCAGACCUGCGAGAACAACCUUGGCUGGAGGGACCCAAAACCGCGCGAGCUCUUCUUUCCUGAGCUCAAAGCCUAUCCACGUGCACGCAAAAACACCCAGAACAAAGACACAGAGCAAGUGGACGAAAGGGAUGCCGGCAUGGAUAUGAGACAGAACUCGAUCCGAAACCACGGUCAGGACCUUACCCGCCGUGCAGAGUCAGACGCUCAGUCCGCACCACCCAAUAAAAUAUCCUCGUCAGGAAUUCCAACAGUUGUCCUGACUCAUGUUCCCCUCUUCCGUGCUGCCGGGACACAUUGUGGCCCUCACCGAGAACGAGACACUGCCAUCCCUUUACAAGCUGGCUAUCAAUAUCAAAAUGUCCUGACCCCACUCGUCUCCCAGGACAUCAUCACUCAUCUCCACCAAGAAGUCACCAUGAUCUAUUCAGGCGAUGACCACGACUAUUGCGAGAUUGAACAUAAUGAAUUUACCGGUCGACCGCGUGAAAUUACGGUCAAAAGUAUGAGUUGGGCUAUGGGCAUUCGAAUACCGGGAGUUCAACUCGUGAGUCUCUGGAACCCCGUCAAUUGUGACCAGAUGAUGGGAGGUCAAGAGAUGUCAGUGCCCAGAGACACAGUACAGAACCAUCUAUGUCUUCUGCCUGAUCAAUUGGGCAUUUUCAUCCGCUACGCCCAAACAUUAGUAUUCACACUCAUCAUUAUCAUUACCGCCACAAUUCGAUACAAGCCCUCCUCAGCGGCCGAAUACCGGCAUGGAGGCCAUCCCAAGUCCGAUGCUCUCCUCCCAUUGACCAAAGACUACCCCUCCCGUCACCCUGCGAGCAAUACAUCCUCGACAUCCUCGACCUCCUCGGUCCUCAGUCAUCACCAAAGCGACACCUAUCUCUCAACCCGCAAAUCCAACGGCAACGGAAGUAGCUAUGGCAACAUCCCUGCAUCAAGCCGCAGCUCUUCUCCAUCCAAACCACCCUAUCCAUACGCCGCCGGUACUGACCGGAAUCUCGAAGGAUUGACGUUCAACGAUGACGAUGACUGGGGCAUGCCAUCAGCCACCGCCUCCGAUAGGAAAGCCAGCGCUUCACAACGACGAGGACCAAAGACGCGGCUGGGGUAUUUUAUCAAAACUCUUUGGCAGGUUUCAUGGCCUGUUGUGUGUUUGUAUCUUUGGUUGGUUUGGAAAGGUUGAAUAAAGUAUCAAAAGAAUGAUUGAUUGGAGGGUGUCAUUCACGGACUUGACAGAACGUACAGACUUUGGGAUAUUCCUGACGUAUCGAUAGACGACCCAUCGACAUGGCUAUUGAUGUUUGGGUAUGACUUGAAGGGUGGACAUAUAGGUCAGCCAUAGGGCUCGCUCCCCCGACUCAUAUGGAAGAGAAGAACACAGAAACGACUGGAAAGCAAGGACAUUGGAAUGAAAAUAGUGUAGAACAGUAUCUUUUUCUGGACAGAGGAAGUUCCCCAAGAAUGUUGCAUUUUCCUGACCAUGGUAG